AUGCUCACCUCCGCCCUGCAAGAGAAGCUCGCUCCGCUGGCGGACAGCAUCCAUACCAACCGCAAGCGCUGGUGGGCGCGCGUGAACGCCGUCCGCAACCAAGAACCCUCGCCCCUCCCUUCCUACAAAAUCAUCAAGCGGCGCAAGAAACCUACCACAGCGCUCGACACCUUCGCCCACCGCCUCAAGUGGAAGAUCUCGCACGUCGCCGCGCGUAGCGCCCUCCUCGCCCGCUUCUCCUUCGCGCCGUACGAUUUCACCCUCGAGGAGCAUGUCGCCUCUUCCCUGCGUCCCCCGAGGGAGACUGAGACGUUCACGAACCAGCUGGGCAAUGCGUUGCGCGCGACGGAUGGGAGAUUGAAUCGGUGGGAGGGGGCGGUGAAGGCGGCGGAGGGGUUUUACUUUGGGCUGUUGAAGGAUGUGAGGGAUCGGGCGAAGGCGCUUGAGAGGGCGUUGAGGGUGAAGAAGGGGGAGCAUUGGGAGUGGAAGGGACUGGGCGGGAGGGGAUGA